AGUAGAGCUGACCACGUCGAUGAUUCAAUAUUGUAUCAGUUUUUAGCCCAACUGAAUGUUGUGACAAUGAAUUAUUAGGGUUAGUUUGAUCCGCGUCUAAAAUUGAAAUACAACCUUAAAACCGGAAGUGAUAUGGUUAAUGAUAUGAUUGUGUUGAUUUAUCUAUCUCUGUGACCUUUUUGAUGAAAGCAACGUUUCCAAUUUCAUCAGAGACUUAAUUGUCUACAAUAUCGGCGUGAGUCGAAUCCCCUUAUCCUUUUCAAUCAGAAGAAAGCUGUUUUUGUUGAGUGGACUGGAAGAAAAAAGUCAAGGCUAUAUAUGAUAUAUACUAAUACUAUAGUCAACAAACUAUAAAUAGACUCAGACAAAGAAUAAUCAUCUGAAGUCCACCAAAUAUAACAAAAAUAGAUAAUUAACAUGGAAAUUAAUGAUGUUAAUACAUUCCAUCAGUGUGUUGUAUGUGAUGAGAUUUUUCAACAACUUGAUGAUUUAAAAAAACACAAUAAAAUACAUGUUAAAGAUGAGGAAACUGAUGUUGAUGAAUAUUGCCAUGCUCAAUUUAAAGAAGAGAAAACUGAUGAUGUACAUGAAUAUUGUCACAUUAAAGAAGAGAAAACUGAUGAUGUUGAUGAAUAUUGCCAUGUUAAAGAAGAGAAAACUGAUGAUGUAGAUGAAUAUUGUCAUGUUAAAGAAGAGAAAACUGAAGAUAUUGAACCAGUUUAUCAGUGUAAUUUAUGUGAUGAAGAAUUUAAAUCGAAUACUGAUUUAGAGAAACAUUGUAAAAUACAUAUUGAAGAAGAGUUGAAAGCUGGUAAUGAUAGUGAUGUAGGCCUACAAUCAGCUGACAGUCAGGGUAUUGAUGUAGGCCUACAAUCAGCUGACAGUCAGGGUAUUGAUGUAGGCCUACAAUCAGCUGACAGUCAAGGUAGUGAUGUAGGCCUACAAUCAGCUGACAGUCAUGCUGUAGCGAAGCGUUAUAAAUGUGAUUUUUGUAGUAAAUCAUUUAACCAUAAUAGUGGUCUACAGCAACACAUUAGGGUUCACACUGGUGAAAAACCUUAUAAAUGUGAUGUUUGUGAUAAAUCAUUUUCACAGAGUAGUCAUCUAUAUGGUCACAUUAGAAGCCAUACAGGUGAGAAGCCAUAUCAAUGUGAUGUUUGUAGUAAAUCAUUUACCAAGAGUAAUAUUCUGCAAAGACACAUGAGAACGCAUACGGGAGAGAGACCUUAUAAAUGUGAUGUUUGUGGUAAAUCAUUUUCACAGAGUAGCCAUCUUUACAGUCACGUUAGAAUUCAUUCUGGGAAAAAACCUUAUAAAUGUGAUAUUUGUGAUAAAUCAUUUCAACAGAGUAGUCAUCUAUACAGUCACAUGAGAAUUCAUACGGAAGAAAAAUCUUAUCAGUGUGAUGUUUGUAGUAAAUCAUUUAGGUUCAGUCAGGGUUUGUGGCAGCAUAUCAAAACUCAUACAGGCGAGAAGCCAUAUAAGUGUGAUGUUUGUAGUAAAUCAUUCUCACAGAAAAACGCUCUACGGCAACACAUGAGAAUUCAUACGGGGGAAAAACCUUAUAAGUGUGAUGUUUGUAGUAAAUCAUUUAGACAUAGCUGUAGUCUACUGCAACAUGUGAGAACUAAUUGUGGAUCAUUCACAGGUAGAAUUCAACCGGUAACAACAUUUACCGGGAAAAAGCCUUUUAAAUGUGAGCUUUGUAGUAAAUCAUACACUGAACAAAUUACUCUACGAAAGCACAUGAAAAUACAUACUGGUGAGAAGCCGUUUCAGUGUCAUGUUUGUAGUAAAUCAUUCACAGAAAAUGAUACUCUACAGAGACACAUAAGGAUUCAUACCGGUGAAAAACCUUAUCAAUGCGAUGUUUGUAGUAAAACAUUCACACAGAAAAGUAACCUACAGAGACACGUGAAAAUUCAUACUGGGGCAAAACCUUAUAAAUGCGAUAUUUGUAGUAAAUCAUUUACUGAACGAGGUAGUCUAAGGAAACACAUGAUACUCCAUAUGGGAGAAACUUCAUAAAUGUGAUGUUUGUAGUAAAUCAUUUACUACUCAAGGUACUCUAAACAGACACAUGAUAAUUCAUAUUGGAAAAGCCCCAUCAGUGUGAUGUUUGUAGUACUUUUAGAAAACGUACUGGAGAAAAACGUUAUAUAAUUUGGUCACUUUAGUGAAAAAUCACAAAUUCAUGUAGGCUGUGAAAAAAUUAGGUAUUAGUCAAUUUUUUAUUUAAAAUGUUGAUUUUGUUUAUACAUUAAUUCUACACUUUGCAAAUUGAAUUCGUAUUUCAUGUUAUUUUAUUUAUGGUAGGGUGUUGUGAAUUCACAGUUCUACACUGUAUAUCGUUUUGUCAGCGUGGUGUAACAAAUACAUGUAGUAUGGCUUAUAAUAAUUAUUUAUUAAUGAAAUAUUCCCCAUUAGAUUUGUACAUAGCUUUUAUUAUCGAAAUUUCAUACUAGGUUAAAGACUAAUAAAAAGCUGAAUUGGCCUUGGAAAAUCAUUCUGUUAGCUCAAACGUAUUACCAUGUGCUCUAUAGAAAACACACUGACCAUGACUGUCACAGAAUGGUUCAAAGCGAUAGUUUCCCAUCUGUCAACAGUGGCAAUCACGUAAUAUUUUCCUGCCAUUUCUAAAACUAGAGUUGAAAAUUAAACCAUCUAUUGGGAACUUAACUUAUGUGUUUGUAAUUUUAUGAAUUAAUUGAGUAUGAUCUAUAUUAUGAGUCAUUAAAUGUUGAUAACGAUACAAAUUAUGUAUACAUGAUCUAUAUUAUGAGUCAUUAAAUGUUGAUAACGAUACAAAUUAUGUCUACAUUAAUAAAGUAUGAUCUAUAUUAUGAGUCAUUAAAUGUUGAUAACGAUACAAAUUAUGUCUACAUUAAUAAAGUAUGAUCUAUAUUAUGAGUCAUUAAAUGUCGAUAACGAUACAAAUUAUGUCUACAUUAAUAAAUUAUGAUCUAUAUUAUGAGUCAUUAAAUGUCGAUAACGAUACAAAUUAUGUCUACAUUAAUAAAGUAUGAUCUAUAUUAUGAGUCAUUAAAUGUCGAUAACGAUACAAAUUAUGUCUAGAUUAAUAAAGUAUGAUCUAUAUUAUGAGUCAUUAAAUGUCGAUAACGAUACAAAUUAUGUCUACAUUAAUAAAGUAUGAUCUAUAUUAUGUAUUGUUUAAUGGUCGAGAGCGAGACAUUAAGUAAUAUAUUUUAACAACAAGAGGACCGUAAUGCCGGAGUGUUUUUACAAUAUAUUAUGCAAUGUCUUAAGCUCGAGACCAUUAAACAACUUAAAAUACAGACACUUGCACAUGCUUUACAAUAAAAUACGUCACUCGGGUUCAAUAUUUUAACUAGUUACACUUGUAUUUUAAGAAUUAUUAAAUGUCGAUAACGAUACAAAUUAUGUCUCCAUUUUUAAAUUAUGAACUAUAUUAUUAGUUAUUAAAUGUCGAUAACGAUACAAAUUAUGUCUCUAUUUUUAAAUUAUGAUCUAUAUUAUGAGUUAUUAAAU